GCACACUGAUGCAGUCUCUUCUCGGCAGUCGACAGGUCUAUACGUCCUUUUGUUAGAAAAAGCCUUUCGUGUUCGAGCUUUUGUCUACCUUUUCUGUAAUUAUGUACCAUCUGUUCUCUGCUGUAUAUCGUCAUAAAUAAAUUCAUUCUGUGAAACAGUGUACGGCUAUUACCGUAUCUAUUUGUUGAACAGUGGCAUCGAGGAUUUCUGUUGUGUCAGUAUUAUUUAUUUAACAAAGUUCGUGCUUGUGCCUAAUAUUUGGGAUGUUGGUGAAUCACUAGGAUCUAAACAGUUUAAAAGGUACAAGAGUGAUGUAAUCACGCGCAAACAUAUCCAGACUGGAAGCUGGCGCGGCGUAGCGGGCGGGCCGCGCCAUGGGGAACAAGUGCUGCAGCCGCCGCCACGACCCGGAGCGACCUGGACUCGUAUAUCCAGGCUUCAAGAAUGACACGGGUUUCACCGCGUGUCCGUCGCUGGAGACGCGGUACACUGGCGAGCCACAAACUAGGAGCCAUAACAUGACCAGGCCUCUUGCCGACAUAGUGCGGACGAGAAACCCUGGGAAAUGCAUAACAAAUGGCGGUCGGCGCAUUGUGAAAGCGUUAUGCGCGUACACAGCGCGCGCCGACUCCGACAUCUCUUUCCGCAAGGGAGACCGUAUGGAAGUACUAAGCGAUGCCGAACCUGAUUGGUGGAGGGUGCUACAUCUCACUUCGAGGAGAGAGGGGCUCGUGCCGGUCAACUUUGUGGCGGAGGAGAGCUCUGUAGAGUGCGAGGAUUGGUUCUUCCCGCACGUGUCGAGAAAGGAGGCUGAUAAACUCCUCCUGGCUGAGACCAAUCCAAGAGGGACAUUCCUAGUGAGGCCAGCGGAACAUAACCCACAUGGGUUCAGCUUAAGUGUCAAAGACUGGGAGGAAGGAAGAGGGUACCACGUGAAGCAUUACAAGAUCAAGCCAUUGGACAACGGAGGGUUUUAUAUCGCGACCAAUCAGACCUUCCCGAGUUUGCCGGCGCUUGUCAUGUCUUAUACAAAGAACGCCCUAGGGCUCUGCCACGUGCUCGCGCGGCCGUGUCCGAAGCCCGAACCCCAGAUGUGGGACUUGGGGCCCGAGCUACGGGACAAGUGGGAAAUCCCACGCAGCGAGAUACAACUCCUCAAGAAGUUGGGACAGGGCAACUUCGGCGAAGUCUACUACGGCAAGUGGCGUAACAAUAUCGAGGUGGCCGUGAAGACUCUGAGGGAAGGCACGAUGUCGACGCAGGCGUUCCUGCAGGAGGCGGCCAUCAUGAAGAAGUUCCGCCACCCGCGGCUCGUGGCGCUGUACGCCGUGUGCUCCCAGCAGGAGCCCGUCUACAUCAUCCAGGAAUACAUGUCCAAAGGGUCCCUCCUGGACUUCCUCAGAAAUGGAGAAGGGAAAUUCCUCAAGUUCGAAGACCUAGUGUACAUCGCGUCCCAAGUCGCCUCCGGCAUGGAAUACCUCGAAUCCAAAUUCUUAAUACACAGAGACUUAGCCGCUAGAAACGUCUUAAUAGGUGCGAAUAACGAAGCCAAAAUAUGCGACUUCGGACUCGCCAGGGUCAUCGAAGACAACGAAUACUGCCCCAAACAGGGGUCGAGGUUCCCCGUUAAAUGGACCGCCCCUGAAGCUAUUAUAUAUGGACGAUUUUCUAUAAAGAGUGACGUUUGGUCGUAUGGAAUAUUGCUCAUGGAAGUAUUCACAUAUGGACAGAUACCAUACCCCGGGCUUCACGGCAAAGAUGUCAUAGAACAAGUGGAGAGAGGGUACAGAAUGCCCAAACCAGCCGGGCAUUACAUAUCCGACGAUAUCUACAGACUGAUGUUACAAUGUUGGGACGCGAUACCCGAGAAGCGGCCGACGUUCGAGUUUCUCCAUCAUUAUUUCGAUUCGUUCAACGUGACCAGUGAGAUACCGUACAGAGAAGUGCAAGACUAGUGCUGUGAUAUAGUGAAAUAAUUUGGACAACUCAGUUAGUGAAUACGGGAAUUGUGACUCGUGUGGAGAACGCAUUACAUUCGCCACGCUCUGAUUGGCCGUUACUUAUAUUACUAAAUAUACUUAUGACUGAGAUACAUAGUGUAAUAUUGCUUACGCCACGAAAAGGGAUGCCAUCAAAGGCGGCUCGUAUGCUAUGAGUCUUUUUGGAGAACAGUAAAAGUUAUAAGAUUUAUUUUAAGCCUGAGAAAAUGGAAAUGUAAUUUUAAUUGUAUGGCGUCAGAAUAGCAGUUGAUUUGUAUUUAUAUCUCAUGUCUCUACUUUGUGGAGUUGGCGACCAAUCAGAGCACAUUAUAUGGUCAGGAUAAUAUUCAAUUUAUGUGUAAUAAGUGCAAUAAGUGACGCUAGAAUUAGUUAAUGUGAAUUUAAAUUAUGGAAAUCAGUGAUUUUAUGUUCCAAAAUCGUAUUCUCCUGGCCAUACGAGUACAUCACCAAAUCAUCUCAAUAGCAACACGCGAAGGAUAUUUAAAUCAGGACUAUGCUACGUUGUUAUAAUGACACUGCCAAUAAUUGUGAUAGCGUUCACACACCAAUUCCAUUUCUUUUUAGUAUUUUUUGUACUCCAAGCAUUAACAAAUACAGGAAUGCCUGAGCUUGACAUUUAAUUGGUUGUAGGCUUCUUGUUUGAUUUCUGACUGUUGGUCGUCUGCUAAACAGAACAUUUUGAGCGCGAUACACAGUGAGACGCAAAACGCAACCAACCAAUCACGGUGUGGCGUUGUGACGCGACGACAACAAAGCCGCAAUGCGAUUGGUAUGCCGCGAUUGAAAACAUGGUACAGAUCUGAAGUAAUCUGACUUACUAAAACAAAGUGCCUAACUUUGGACAUCAUUUAUAAUUAAGAAGUUAUCCGUUAUUAGCAUACGACCUAAUUAUAUUGAACUAAUCGAAACUAUGGUUCUAAGCGCGCAAAAUUCCAAUCAAGCAUAACAUAAGUAUUAUAGUCUUGUGCAAGUUUCACGUUCUAUGUUCUUAUUUAUUAGCAACUAUAGCUUAGCACUUGUAGAUUUAUUUUGCAUUUUGUACAAAGUGAACUUUCUAUGUAUAAGCAAUAAGGUUUAUAAACGAAAAACACGAUAUUUUCAUAUUCUAAAGUGAGAUGUGAUAUUUUUUCAUCACUUGCCCACAAAACAUAUAAAAAGACCUCCAGUUAUGCGCUCUUUGAAAGAUAUCGUAUUUGUUCUUAUAGCCUGCACAUUAUUUGCACGCAUUUUGAGUAGGUUACGUUCAAAUCAUUCAAGUAAAAAUUCUGGCUCCUUUGCAAACAUUUACUCUGCUGUUAGAAAUUGUCUUGAAAACAUCAAAUUAUUUAACUGAUAUUUAAUUUUUAUUAAGUUUAUUUUCUCAUUUAAUUGUUGCAAAAUUAUGUAUCAUAUAAACGUUGGUAUUUCGGGGAACAAUUGCAUUGAUAAAACUUAAAACGAAUGCACUUAUUUUGCAGAGUAAACCUUUUCAAAAACAGUAUUAUGCGAUUGUUGCAAAGGGGCCAACUACCCUCAUGUGUAAAAAGACAAAUAAAACUAGCUUUAGGACUAUAUACCAAAGAGUUAUUUGUACAUUAAGAGCGAACGAUUGACGGAGCAUUAUUUAAUUUAUAGCCUAUUUAGAUGUGACCUGUAUUAUAAAUUAAUUUGACCAAUAUCAAGCGUAUGGCAAUUAUAUGAAAGUUUUAACAAAUUUGAGCGCAAUGAGUAUACUAUUAAUGCCAGAAUCUUUUUGCCUGGUGGCCACUAUUGGUGUUCUAGGCAUUUCGAUCAUUCAUAGUUGCCCGUGACGGUCAAAGCGUUUUAACCAAUUUAACUGAUUAGACUGCUAAAUUUUACUUUAACUAAAAUUGAUUUUUCAGUCAUUUUGACGCGUAAUAUUAAUAUUAUAAUACGCCUAUUUUUUUAAAUCGAAAUUUUCAUUUAAAGACAUUUUUUUUCAUGUUGUCAUUACAGUGCUUUCUUUAGAUUUGCAUACAAACAAUAUAUACAAACGGGAAACAAUGGAAACAGAAGUACACACAUUUUACACUGAUAAAAAUCUUGUUACAGCUUGUUGUCUUGUUAUACUGAUAUAUUAUAGAUUUUUUAAACAAUAAUUCCCAAGAGCUACAUUUCCGCAAAAUUUCUGGGUACAGAAAAAUGUCCCUAUAUUCAUAUAUUCCAUAAGUUGUUGUUGCCAAGCUGUACCAUUUUUCUAAAAACCAUUCGGGAACAGUUAACGGGUUGUAGAUAAAUCUGGAAGCCUGUUUUUUUUGCCAUCAAGAUAUAAUAACAUAACAAAAUAUAAUUGUCAAAUUGGACCAAUUUUGUAUGGCGACAUCACCUUAGUUUCAAAUACCUACUUUCUUUGCGGAAUAAAUUGUACUUUAUCAAUCCGUCGACCAGCGCCCCAGUAGCGGCGCUAAAUGGCAUUUUUUAUAUACUACUGAGAAAUAAAACAGGCACGCGGCCCACUUUAUGGAAAGUGGUCACCGCAGCCUAUGAACGCCUACAACAUUAGGGGAUAUCACACGCGCUUUGCCGACCCUGACUAAAUCUUUUCACACCCUUUUUGAAGAAAUCAUGAAUCGCAAUUGAAAAUAUUAGUAAAAGAUUAAAGCUUGUGUUUCCAUUGUAUGCUGUGAUACUAGCCCGGAUUGCGUAACGAAUGCGCAAUGCGCAAUUUACAAAGAGUAUUAAAACAUCAUACUGUUAUCACUUAAUCGUUUUGUCCUAGACUAUAAAAAACCAAUGAAAAUAGUGUCUUAAUAACAUUCCAGAUAUUCAAACACGUUAAAUUUGGACACUUUUGUAUUGAAAACGAUUAGAUUUGUAAGAUUUUGUACAUACAAAAUAAAUGUCAUUGAUAUAUA